AUGCUAAAACUUCUUUUUCACUGGGUAAGUCAGUCUUUUUAUUACAGUGACAAAUACACAAAAUAUGUACUGAGAUCUUUUAUAAAAACAAUUUCUAAGUGGGAGGGAAAAUGACUUUGACACGGUAAAAAAAACUUAAUUUGGGGCCUUGGUUCUGGACUCAAUUUUAAAGCAUGUAGCAGACUACUUUCACCACAUUGCUAACUCUUGUUUCCUCUUUUCUAAUCUGAAAAAGCUGCCAGCCAGUGAUAUAGUAGGUGUAGCUCAGAGUUUGGAUUGAACCAAAACCUUGAGCCAGAAAACCAAAUUGUAAGAUGCAAAGCCAGACUGGCAACUUCAUCACACAGGAAACUCUAUUUCAAAGUACAGUUUAUGGAUUUUGUUUGAUUUAAGUGUGGGCCUAUUGUAAGGGGACUCAUUAAGGUGAGAUGAGAUAACUCAAAAGCAGGGAGUUGAAAUUUGAGAAUGUGAUUUUCUGUUUGUGGGACUAAGCCAAACAGCUUACUUGGCCAUCAAACUGCCAAAGUGUUAUAUCUUUGAUCAACUUGUUCCUUUUUAGCUGUGUAACCAAGUCUAUAAUCUAGAAAUCAUACUAUUUAGAUUUACAAUCUAUGAUAGGGGAGAGUGGGGUAAGAUGAGCCAUUUUUCAUAUUUCGGAUCACUUAUUGCUGCUCCCCUAGUACCUCCCCCAACACUUUGUGAUGUGUAUCAUUGCAAACAAAGAACAUAAAGCGCGGUCAACAAAAACUACAGCUACCUAGGCUUACCUCUCCACCCCAGUGCAGGUGAGACCGCCCCUAUAUAACUUACUGGCUUUCAAACACAGUGCCCACGUGACCCAAGUCCAGCAAAACCAAGAGCAACCAGAGAAAAGUAAUUAAACACAGGAUAACCGAUAAGCAAAGCACCAUUAUGGCUCCUACAUCACUACAUCAAGGCAAUCAUAGUUUUGUCUCUAACUAGUGUAUCUGCAUAUAUUUCAUGAUGUUGAGCAUCGCCACAAAACAACAGAAAGAGUUUAAACAUAACUGUCUUGAUAAUCCGUAUACAGGCGGGAGGCGGAACCAAGUUGUCCAUAGUAUAUACAGUCUAUGAUCAUAGGCCUUUACUUUCCCCAGAACUACUGUUAUGACUUUAUUAGUCUUCUAAGCUAAAAUGGUAGACUUUUAUGCUAGGUUUAUGCAUGCUGUAGCUCGUAGAUACCACAAUUGAUGUAUAAAAAUAAUUUAAAAUGAUCUCUUUUUUUUGGUCUGAACACAAUUUUAAUAAAACUAAUGACAGACUAAAUUCACUUUCAAGAGUGAAAAAUGUUUUUUUUUUUUUUUUUUGAAUAAACGUCUAACCCCUUUACCCAUAUGCUUCUAACCUUCACAGACUCCAUGAAUUGAUGCCCAUUUCUUAAAUAUUUAUUCACAUGAUCGAUUUCUUUUACCAUUUCCAAGCAACAGGGGUGGCUCAACUUACCCUUUGACUAAACGUACCCCACUUUCCCCUAUAAACCAGUUUCUGCCAGUUAAAGCGCCGUCUGUUAAAAUCCUCGUUUCCCUGAAGUACGUGAACGCAGCAUUAUCAGCCCUCCAGUCAGCAGGUACCUCCACCUGCUGGUCACUGUGAUAACUACAGCCGAGGCGGAGCAACACAUCAUUCAUUACCGACCAGUCCAGAUAGAAGGAGGACGGGGAGGCAAGCCGUGAAAGCGAACAGAUGUGAACUGGACUACGAAAAGACAACAAGCUGCAGUGAAGACGGAGAACCCUUUGAGUCUGCUAACAUGUGGCAACCCGCGUCGGAGCGACUGCAGGUAAGACACGGGUGUCUGUGAAACGUUCAUUGUCGACAUGGCAGCAGUAAAUAAACGCUUCACUGUUCUUCAAACCCGUCGUGCUGUGCGUGGCUCCAAACAGGAGAAGACUUGCCACGGGUACUGAACAGCUACAGAUGUUUUGAGAGCACUGUCGGAUGUUAUUAGUCAUCUACAAAACGCUAUGAACCUGUUUUUCUUUUUAAUUCGCAGUAUCGCUUGUUAGCUAACCUCUCUGUUUCCAAUUGAACCCCCCUUUGGUGUUGUGUUUAAAUGCACCUAUUUACGUUACGCAAGCCGGGUGUACAGUGCAACAAUUUGUCACUUCCACCGGAGUUUACCUAAAUUGACAAAAACACGCAUAUCCAAUUUGUGCAGAAACUGGUUAAUUUGGUCCACAGGCUUUUGUACACCAACACUCAUAUUCACACCAACGUAAUGAGUGUAACUGCAGGCCCUCUUCUACCGUGGACACUCUGCUGUGUUGUCACAUCUAAUGCCUUUAUCGCGUGUUUUCAAGUCUUUCAUAAGGAAGGCCCACAAGCCAACAAGCUGCCGUCUGUGACCGGUUAGGAUACUGUGGAAAAAAACACCGUUAAUGACACGUAGUUUGAUAUCCAAGGGGCAAGCCGUGCACCGAGCCUGGCUUCACGUCUCUCUUGCAGACGUAAUGCUCUCCAGAUGUCGGCCUGCGGACUGCCUGCCAAGUGAACUUGCACAAUCCCCCUUCUUCUGCCCAGGCGUCAAGAAGAUGGAAUCACGAAUUAUUAAAAGCGAGAGUUCCGGUUUUUUAGAUGUGGAGUCAGCUUGGGCAGAUUGAAAUGUUCUCAUGAACACACCUCUCCAUCACUCUUAAACCAAAGAGUGUCACAGAAAUAGUUUAUGUCACUGCAUGGUUGUACAAGAGCCAGCCUACUAACUAUUGGCAGAACUGGUCAUAACACUGAGGAAGCUUUGGGCCACCGUGUUCCACUCUACUGCUCAACAAGUGGCAGAAAGUCAUCAUCCAAAGAUUGUUUUCUGGCUUCUUGCAAAGGGGAAAUUUUUCUAGUGCACAGUGAGAAAGUAAAUGUUUCCAAUCAUGCAUAUUUGUAAGCUAGCCAAUUCUAUAAGAGAAAAUAACCAUGUGAAUUUACAAUCAUCAUAAUUUGGGCAAGACACAUUAAACACAGCUCAUACUUAAAGGGAUAUUCUGGCGUAAAAAUUGAUUUAAGGUCAAAGUCAAACACACCCUAACACCGAGUUAGACACCCCCUUGAGAGAUGAAUGUUGCUGACUGCUUGCUUCUCUAGUUUUACCAAUUUGAGUGACGACCGCAGAAUAGCAAUACACAGCGGUCUGAGGAGCCAUAAACAAACCUAAACCAAGACGCCACUCUAUAGCCACAAAUAAUGCUCAGAACAGCUCCUAACUUCAUCAACAGUACAUAUAGGGUCCCAGCCAUAGUACUAGACACCAAACAUCUUUUUAACUUUGCCGGAUUUCUUAAGCAAAGAGACUAAAUACAACUCACCUACUCUCUUCCAAGAGCCACUUGAUUGUAGCAAGACCUCGGGCAAGUCCAUUACGGACUGCUGUGGGGUGACACUGUUCAAGGAAGAACAUUUAUGAUCAUUUCUUUAUAAUUUCCUUGAAGUAAUAAUCACCAUAUUAAUCAUUUUGCACUGCAGACACAGUAGUUCUUCUGCCUUAGCGUCUCGGUCUGAUUGCAUUUCCAUGAAGAAAUGAUCAUAAAUGUUCUUCCUUGAGCUGCGUCACCCCGCUGUAGUCCGUAAUGGACUGGCUUGAAGUCUCACUACAAACAAGGGGCUGCUGGAUGAGAGUGGGUGAGUUGUGUUUAGUCUCUUUGCUAAAGAAAUCAGGCAAAUCAAAAAAGAUGUUUGGUGUCUAGUGCUGUGGCUGGGACCCUAUAUGUACUGUUGAUGAAGUUAGGUGCUGUUCUGAGCAUUAUUUGUGGCUAUAGAGUGGCUUUUUGGUUGAGGUCAGAAUAUCCCUUUAAGGUGCUAGAAAUCAUACUAACUUGAUUGAGAUGAUCAGGUUGCAUAAAGUAAAGGUUUUAAGACAUUUUUAAUCCCAAAACCUCUGUUAAUGUUAUAUUAAAGGAAUAGCUUACCUGUGCUGGCGGUGCUUUUAUAAGCACAGACCAGACUCCUUGAGCUAGCAAGUGGACCUGUUAAGGAAACAGUCUCUGAAUUGAGUAAGAAGUCACUUUCCCAGCCUGGCUGAUGAUACUGUGCUUCUGGAUCCUUAUUUACAAAGAGGGAUCAUGGAGUUAAAAAGACAUGGGCUUUAUGUGUUGAUCAUAUAAAAUAUCAGUAACAUAUUUUGGAUUUUUACUUUCUAAUCCAAUGAAAGCAGUGUUUCUAAAGUUGAGAUCUUUUUAAUGUGUUGAUAGACUUCUUAGACUUUGUUGCGAACAUGACUGUGCAGCAAUAGCUUUAGUUUGUUUCACGGCUAAUAGUUCUGGCUCGACAUUUUCACCACCUUUGAUAAAUGCACGGAUUGGGUGAACAUUGAUCCAUGAGGCCCAAAGUUCAUAAGACCCGAACUUCUUUGGAUCUCUUUUUUCUCAACUUUGAUUCUGCUUACAUAAAGCCCAAUAAGCUUGUUUUGUAUUUCUGGGUACACAACAGAAACCCCCUAGAAAUGCUCAUUGGUCAGUGGACUGUUAGAUUCUAUUGGAUCAGCAAAGAUGUAAUGAAUCAAAACAACAGAUUAGGAUCGAGAACCCGUCCUGAUAAAAUAUGGUUGUAGAACAUAUCAGUGCCAGCCUAUUGCCUGCUUGGUAACCAUGGCAACGAGCAUCCUUUUGAUUGGUAUCCUCCAUCUUCUCCUUUUGAGUCAGGGCUGGUGGGGUUUUCUGGAGCCGAAAUUAGCUCUUCAAAAUAUACUUGUGUUUAUUACCAUCUGUUUGGUUGUUUUUAUUCACUAAGGCACCCAUCCAUGUUAUCCUCACUUGUGCUGUCCCUAGUUGCCAUAGCAACACCCGAUGUCUUGCUGCAUUUGUGUCUCACACUCAGGCAGAUAGAGAAGGGGAAGAGGAGAUGGAUGGUGGAGUGGGGUGGGGGGCAGGGGGUACAGGUCGCAUCACGAAAAGCUCUAUAACACUGACGACCUUAAAAUUUUUGUGAUGUUGUGUGUCGAUGCUGCAUCGUGCCUCUCUGUUUUUCCCUCCCUCUCAUUCUGUGUCUAUUCCCCCAAUCAGUUUUGGGGGGCCCCGCCUCCUCCUCAGGCAGAGGCCAUGUUAGUUCAGCGACAGAUUGCACAAUAUGUGGUCUGGGCACAGAUGCACACACACACACACAUAUAGACAUAUAAGCAAGUUGGCUGGCGGAUGGAGUAUGCAUUCAAACACAACAACAUGCUUCCUUUUUUGAAUAUCCUCUACCAAUCCUGUUUUUCCCUCCGUCAGCAAGUCUUUCUUAAGCCAUGGUUUCCUCUUUUGACGCUUUAUUGUGUGUGACACUGACGAACUGGCCUGAGUACAUAAAAAGACAUGGACUUGACAGUGCAGAAAUAGCUGACUGAGGUCAAACACGGUGAGAACCAGCUGUCUUUGCUUCUUUACUUUGUUGCUGUCCUGCUUUAUUUGUUUCUGGGUCCAGCCCUUUUGGUCUGUCUGUCUGUCUGUCGGUCUGAGGUUGCUCUGUGGCCACAGCUAUUUUGUUGGGAGUGUGGCUUUGGUGACCAAAGGGAUCCAUGAGCAGACUGGCAGAAAAUUUCCCAUGGUUCCCUUGGCACAUUGUCUUUUUUUCAGCCAGUACACAUUUGCCUCUUGUGAACAAACGGCUUUUGGCUCACUGGUUUGACUCUUUGAGUUUGAUGAAUGAGCAGAAAUAUCUGUUUCUGGAAGUUGUCAUUUAUCAAGGUUUUUGUAAGGAAGUACAGAAGACAGAGAGUAUAAUGAUUGCCAUUAAUCAAGGAAGAAUAGCUUCAGCUGUGGUUUUGAAUAAUUUGGUCUGGACCUUUAUCCAGAUUAUUCUUCCUGUCCUUUUUCAUCUCUAGUAUUUUCUUUGUCAGCAAGGUUUAAAACGAUAUUUUUGGGGCAAGUUAUCAUUGAAGCCGAAAUCAUAGCAUUUGAGACAUUUUACGGGUACGUGUAGGUUGCAUAUGUCCUGUCACACCUUCCUUACUUCAAAACAUUGCGUUGGUACAGUUAUCCUAACAAGCCGAUGGGUGAAUCAGACUCCUGUCAAGUUGAGAGUGAGUGUAAACCGACUGUGAUCUCGACAGCGGACUUUGUUUUUCGUCAUCAGCGGGUCAUUUCCAUGUGCCCUGUCUCCAUGUGGACUAUUUCAGAUGUCACUGUGGGUUCAUUGUUUACAUCAGUGUACUGGUGAUGUUUUUACUACCAGCCAUAGAUUGCCUCCCCCAGGCUCUGAGGUUUGGGUAUUUUAUACCCACUUCCUCCUGUGGAGCGGUAACCCACCAAUCACAGCAUCCGACCAUUUGCUGUUUCCCUCCUACAUGCCGUAAUGCUCCAAUCAGGGUUGAGAAAAACAGAUUUUCCUUUGCGUGUGGACCUCCCACAGUCCAUCCUGAGUUUAGCCCAUUCAGACUCAGUUCCUCUCGUAAACAGUCCCAGGAUCUGAGGGGGAGGCUGUAAACACAUACAGGGACAACUGGAGUUAAAGUUACACUGCCCAAGUCUUACCGUGCAAUAGAACCCGAGGACAGCAUCCUACUUUACAAGCACCACAUGCAGGACCAACUUCCUCCUGCUCCACCUGGGGAGAACAGCAUUAUCUCCAGUAAGGACAGGGAAGAAAGGAUAUCCGGCUGAUUCCCAGUCCUGAAAUGACAAAAGGUUUGUCAAGCUUCAAAGAGAUAGAGGUUGAGAGGUUGUUUGGAUGGACAUGGUUUGUUGGUUUAACCAGCAUUUUGAAGGGGCAAAUUCACUUCAAGUGCAGCUGUAGCCCAUGCACUGUUUACUCUGUAACAAAAGGCACAAGAGAAGAGAAGAUGAUUCAACACUCAAGCACUCACAAAAUACCUAUUUGUUGGAAGGGGUGAUGUGGUCUGAAGCAUGUUGAAGUUUUCUAAGAUAUUGGUCUUCCACUUUCAAAAUAACUUGUUGACUUUUUUGGGAAGUUUUACACAACUUGAUCGUGUCUUUUUGAACCAGUUUCAUUUAGUCAGUGUCUCCUGCGCACAUGCUGGAACCCAUGAAAGGUAUGCCUGAGGUUUCCUUCCAUGAUAUCAAUCAGCAGGUUUUGUAUUUUAUUAUAUAUUUAUAAUUUUGUCAAUCCAUCACAAUAUACUCCAAAAAUGUAAAUCCUGGUCUCAAAGAAAGCAAUAUGUAGUUUGAUCAUGGUAGUCAAACCACAAAAAAUGAGUGCUUUUAUUGUGCGUUUGAGUCAAGUGUGUAUCAUCUAGGACCUUUCUUUCUCAAUGUGGUUUGUCUGUUGUCUGUUUUUCAUAUUAAAUUAAAGGAUAAGAUGUAGAGCAGAUGAUCUGAUAUCACACAGUGCUGCCCUGCUGUCUUUCUCUUUGCUUGUACCUGUAGCAUCUGGUACAGAGCUCUGCAGUCUGCACACUCUUUCAUGUCAGAGCCUGCUCCGUGUUUAUCUGCGCUGGUGUCUGCUAGGGACAUGCCUGUAAAAUUAUCGAGAUGUCAUCAUCCUUGCAUGCAAAAAAAAAAAAAAAAAAGAGUUGUAGGCCUGAAAUGAUGACUGAGUGUUGUGUGUAAGAUGUGGUGCAGCCACCAGCCUUUAGCUAAGACCGUGGUUUUGGUGAAUAGAUACAUGAUGCUUCACUACCAAGAUGUAAACAGGCACAACUGACAGCAACUUGUAGCACAGUAUUUUGAUCUAGUAGAAGGAGAUACAGUUGUAUGAAGGCCAUGUCAUGCUUCUAGAUGAGUGGCUUGUAACUCAUGGACCAAAGCAAUCCAUAACCAGCAGACAUGUCAUUUACAAGAAGGACUGAAGACUGGUGGUGCUAGCUCUGCUAACAUAUCCCCACAGAGUAGACAAAUAUGCAUAGUGUACUUGCAGACUCUAUGGUAAGGUUUUAGUUAUUAUAAAAAAUGGUAAAUUUGGACUGUAGUUCCACUCUUAGAGAUACAGGUGUAGGUUUGUCUGAAUUCAAAUUUCCAUUAAAACAUCUACGACAUAAGUUAUGUUGAAAUUUUCCCAGUGUGUUCUGUCGACAUACCUUUUUUGGGCGGACGUCAAUAUGGUUCGUCCUCCUACAACAUUUUGAUUCUGAAAGAUAAAGCAGUAGCCAAUUGUGAAUAUCUGUGUUGGAGUUUUCUUUCUCUUAUCAUGCCUCCCAGACACAGCCUUACUUAUCCAUGUGGUUUCUCAACAUCAUUUCCAGCUGCUCUCCCCUGUUUUGUCACAUCUAUAUCCCUAUAACCUCUAUUCUGUAUGACAGGAGGCAUGGCAAAGGUUCUGUUUUUACCUCGGUUAUGCAGUGACUUUCCAUGAGAUUGACCCAAGAACCUCUUUCCUGUAAGAAUGCUCCCUCAGGGGGCCGAGCGUUUAACUUACCAUCUGUGACCUGUUAAGCUCAUCACUGCAGGAGGCAAACUGUGCAGAGACACUUUCCAAAGCCUGUCUGCUUAAUUUCUCAUGGAUGUAAUUAUUCAAGGCUUUACCUGGAUCUUCACAUACUUAAACAUAGACUUUAGAAUAGUUAAGAGCUGAGACUCAUUGGAGAAUUAGCCGUGUACUUGUCCUGAUGACACUUGGGUUUCCACAGUAAUUAGAGGCUUAAAAAGCAGCAGUUCAGAGCAAGCUGACAGCUCUGAGUCUGUUAAAUUUGACCUUGUUCCACCUUAGUUUGAAAGAUAAGUACCUUUCCAGAAAGAAUGCUGCUCCUGUGUAAACUAUUGUGAAACCAAGUUUAUUGCAAAUUCCAAUUUUCAGCAAAUACAUGUUAUAUGAGCAUAGUGGUCCAUAAAAUAGAAAUAGCUUAAACAGUUGUUCUGGAUGUUCAGCCAAGUUCUUUUUAUUGUGGCAUUUCUGCACUAUAAAUACACGGUCUUCAUAUGGGCACUGGCAUCAAUAAGUCACUGCUGAUGCUUUUAGUUCAACGUUCAUGCUAAUACACAUGUAGCUUUUUCAGUGUUAUCACAGUCAAUGUUAUAAAUGGUUGGUAAACAACCAUAUAGUCUGAAUCUACAGCAGGCUUUAUAUCAUGAAGACGAUUAGACUCUUGUUUCCUUCUGAAGAACAAUUGGUUCCAAAUUACAAAGAUGUGAAUUAGCAAUUGUCUAACUGAAGUGGUCAUCAUGAUAGGGGGCUGUGUAGAGGAAGGUCAAACAUUGUUGGUGUAUAUACUAUCAAACCCAUGUAGGGCUUGCUCCUCUCUUGUUCUCUUGCAAUCCCUUCAUAUAGGGCUAAAUAAUAUGGCCUUAAAUCAAUAUCACGAUAUAUUGAGCAGUUCUCCUCGAUAAUGAUAAAUGGACAAUAACGAUAAAUGGAAGAUAAUUACUCCCCCAGCUGCUCACCCCCUCCCACAUUAACUUCGUCUACUUCAGCCGCCACUCUAGCUGCUACAACUUUUGAACUGUCCUCCAUCUCCUCACCUGUCUUUCCCUCUUUUUUACAGACUGGAUAGGGUGGAGUCACGUCUCUGACAUAGGACAAAGUCUUAAAAGGGACAUGAGACCAUAGCCGACCUACACACAUCCAAAACCAACUUUUAUUUAUACAUGUUUUUGACAUUGAAUAUAUUGACAUGGGCAAACUGACAUCGGUUAUUGUAAAUUUCAGCAUCUGUAAAUUUUCGUUUUAUCACCAAGCCCUACCUUCACAUGUACAGUUGUAUAGACAAGGCAACUUCAGCAACAGUACCUCAGCAAAAUAGUUGGAGUUAGGCAGCCCAUAUCUAAGGCUGAUAUAUGUAAACUGGUAAAUUAUUUGUAUAUCUUUCCAUCCAGCCUCCCAUCCUUUCCUUUUCUUGUUACCCACUAUGCAAAGGAAAGGAAUUCUGCUAUAAUGUUGGCUUCUUUUUACUGUGAGGUGAAGUUGUCUUAUCUCAUAUUGAUAUGAAUGUUUCCAACCCAAGUGGGUGUGGAAGAUUGAAUCAGAUCAGUCAUACUGCUGCCAGCAGUUGCAACGUUCUUUGCACAAACUUUUCAGUGGAUGCUGCCAAACCAAGCCAGUUCCAACAACUGAUAGAGAUGUGGCUUUUAUAGGAACUAACUCUGUAUUAACCCUAGCCAGGUUGUUAAUGUGUGUCUUAGUAGGAAGUAAAGAAGAAAUGGGGAGGGUGCAGACUUUGAGAAACCAAAGAUAGCAGCAGAUGAAGUUAAAGGGAAAGUCCAGAUUUUUAUUUUUUAUAAUUGUCCUGAUCAGUAUAUCUCCCAGCCCUAAAUUUGUUUGUUGCUUUUACUGGCUGUUCUGAAGCUCUGGUUAAAGGCUAAUGCCAUAAUGCUAUGACAUAUAGAGAUGACAUAUGUUAUCGUAUAGCACAGCUCAGCAGGGAUGGUACUGAAAAAAGUUUGCUGACUCAGUAAACCAGUUUGGCACUGUUUACCUGCAGUCUCUUGCAUGUUUAAUAGAUUUUUAAUUAGACUAGUUGAUUUGUUCGAAUCUCAAUCUUCAUUUAGAUUAGCUACUUCUGAACACCUCUGAUCAAAAUAAGGGGCCUGGUUUGAGAAGCAGUUGUAGGCUUUACUGACAAAUAUAAAAUGAGGAACUAAUCUGACAAGGCAAGUGUUGACAGUUUCUUAAAUUGUGAGUUAAUUUACCAAUCCAUAUAAACCAAAAUACUCCAGAUGCAUUGGUCUGUGUCUCUGGAGGGGCAGGAGGAGCGUAGAGGAAAAGCCAACAGAGUGGACAGAUCCUCUUCAGAUUUCCACAAUUAGAGGCUUUUACUGUAAUCACACAUUUACGUAGCAUGUGCGGAGAUCAAGCCCCUGAAUAAUUGCUCAGACUUUAAUCUUACAACAAGGACGUGUUUCAUCAAUCUGAAUGAGCUCCUUUGUUGGGAGAUUUGAGGUUUUUACUUGUGACAGAAGCCAUUGUUAAGCAAUGGAAGUCUGAAGUGGAGACCAAACCCUUUGCUGAAACCAGCUCAGCACCGACCCAACCCACAUUGUCCUGAUGGUGGAGACAGAAAACCUGCCUGGGUCCGAGUGAAAGACAGAAAUAGAAUCACUAACAGCAGUAACUUGAUGAGGAGACUGCUGGGACCUGAGAAAUUACAAAAACAUUUAAAUGCAGUGAAAAUAUUAUGAAUAGAAUUCCAGCAUAAGUCCACAAGUGGCCCUCAGCUCCGGCCUUUUGCUCCUGGUGGGGGGCAGAGGAGUCGGGGAGCACACCCCGGCCCCCCCCCCCCUUGUCAGUACUGGGGCCAACCGCAGGAAUGUGAGCCGCUGUCAGGAAGCUGUAAAGUGCUGAUGCGGAGGUCAGCGAGCGUUUACACACAUGUGGCUUUACUUUCACAACUCCAUCUUGCCUCUUUUUCUUUUUUCAUCUUCAUCUGAGCCUUGCUUUAUUUUGCCUUAUCUUCCUCUUUCCUGACAACUCCCUCCCCCUUUCUUUUUUUUUUUUUUACUUGUAGUUUUCUUCUGUCAACAUCAAGGUUCACCUGCGCAUGGGUGCAGAGGGUUCAAGUGGUCCUGUUCCUGCUCCAACAGGAGUUGUAGUUUGUUAUUUGCAUAUUCCAUAGAUUUUGAAACAACAUACUGGAAAGUAGGAUCCUUUUGUUUAUGCCAUAAGUGAGGACUAUGAUGAUCGGAAACCCCAGAUUACAAAAAUUAACAGAGCAAGUGUUGGAAUCACUGCUAAUAGGUAAGUGGUGCCAAAGUUAAGAUGUUGUUCUGCUGCCUCAUGACUGGUAUUUGCACUCAGAUUAUUCGACACGUGUCAAAGGCUUUAAGAGGGCAAACAGGAAUGCUCAGAAAUACUUGCGAGCACUCAACAGUUUAUUGAACUGGAAACGAUAUCAUCUGCAGUGGCAUUAGUUUUCGAGAUUUGACACUAAAUGUAUUUCUUUUGAGGAUUUUCUGCUUGGCUCUACCGAACAAACCAGCUCUGAUGAUUGAUGAUAGACUGAAUUGGCAGGAUGGGGUGUUUUCAUCGCCUGAAAAUGUUGACCAUCUGUUUUAUAAAAAACGGACGUCGAGCAGGUCCAGUUUGGAAAACAGCUUAGUUGCACCAAAAAAGAGAAGGAAAAACGGCAGUCAGAAGUGGUAGACAGAGACUGACACAAGAAGAGAAAACUUAAAAAACAUGAGAAAAGAAGCUGUUAUAGAUUUACAGAUUUUAGAGAGUCAAGUCAACCAAGUAAGAUUUGUUUGGUGAUCGAAUAGACAUUUUAGCCAGAGAACUGACAAUCAGAUGGUGCACUGGUUGUUCACAGAAAUGAACUAAACAUACUUAGAAAGGCCUCUCUUAACACAUUACUAAAUGAUGAAAAGCACUUAUAUAAUUGGAGUGUUGUCUUCAGGCAGCUCAGUAGUAAGUUUCCGCUGCAGACAACACAGGAACUUUAGUUGGCUGUAUUGUUUAUCGUUUCAUUGCCGAAAAAACGUGGGGACUGUUUGUGGUAAUAUGUCCAAGAGUAACACAUUAUUUCUUUGUAACUGCGUGCUAUGUUGGUCCCUUUUGGCACAAAACAGUGAAGUCUUCUUAAACUGUGAUGCAAUACAACAACACUUUAAAUGACAUUAUACAAUACUUGAAAGCUUCCAGAUGGCUCAGUUUUAAGGAGUCUGAGGUAAUAGUCAUAGUAAGUCAAAUAUUAUUAAAAUCACUUAAGUACUUUGUGUUUGAGCUCUUACGUAUUAGCUAAGUAUAGAGAAGCAGCUAAUCAGAAUGGCUAUUGGGAAAUCACAUCAUUAAAGCCAACACAGUACAAUUUUAUUCUUUGCUCUAGACCAGCGAGUGAAAACAGCACUUUAAAAUCACUUUUUACAAUACUUGAAAAGCUCCCUGAUGGCUCAGUCGUAGUCUGAGGUAAUGUUCAUAGUAAGUCAAAUAUUAUUAAAAUCAUUAUAUUAUAUUAUAAUAUGAUAUUAUUAAAAUGUGUUUGAGCUCUUACAUAUUAGCUAAGUAUAAAGGAGCAGCUAAUCAGAAUGGCUGUUGGGAAAUCACAUCAUUAAAGCCAACAUAGUACAAUUUUUCUUUGCCUUAGACCAGCGAGUGAAACCAAAAGAGGUUAACAACACUUUCAAAAUAAAUGGCAACUGACUGCAAACUCCAGGUCUGAGGGACAACCUCGUAUUGGUACCAGUCAUGUGUCUUAUCAGCGGUGCAACAGUUUUAGGACUUUAAAGAAACAGGGUCAGAAAUCAAACUUGUAUAAGUUUUUGAAAAUUUUUUUGAAAUUUGUUUUGUUAAGUGACCUUGUGUGCUCAAAAUGCUCUUAUAAAUUAAAUGUUUUAAAUAUUAUACAAUUUUUUAUACAUACAACAACAACAAAAAGUUAUUUAUCACCUCUACCCUCAUGAUGGAGAUGAUGAGCAGUGGUCUCGCUCAAAGGUCAUUGCUAGCCUAGCCACCAUUAGAGGAUUCAAUAGCAGGGAAUACUACCCCGCAGAGCAUCAUUAUAUAAAGUCUAGUGUCUGUUUUAGUCAUAUAUAUGUUGGUAAAAAAGCUAGUGCUACAAUAGAAGCAACUGGUAAGCCAUUCAAAGUAUUUCAACAUGGCAAAGACUCCCAUGAUAUAACAUAAUCAUGUUCUUUCAUGUAGCAAAGCUUGUAUAAGUCGACAUGGACACAAAGGGCCUUCGUCUCAGUGGCAGUUGCAGUGUGAGAACUGUGUCCUUAAAAAGAAAUCCCUAUUAAGUGGUAAAUAUGUCUGAUUUUCCAAAAGCAAAAAUAUGUGAUAAACAGACUUUGUAAGGAAUGACUAUGGGAUCGAAAACAAGAUCGAAUGAAGGAAACAUAUUAGAAUUGUAUGAAACACCAGCCGCAGCUCUGUAACUUCAUACAAUGGCUGAGACAGGCAAGAUCAAGUAAUUCAUUACCCAGCUGAAAGACUCACUUUCUGGAUAAAUUAAGGGCUAAAGAGCAGAUUUUGAAAACUUUGGAUCUGGCACAGAGCUGGGGAAAAAAUGCAGCACAGGAUGGAUUUAUGACAAGGCACGGAUUAAUGGACCUGCUGAUAGUCUCGCAUCUUGUCUCUGUUGGUCUUGAAAAAAAGAAAAAAACGAAGUGAUCGUAAUUCAGGGCCUUUUUGGGGACCCCUGAUUCAACCUUUGGCUCGGACAAUGUUACAUGGAACGGGGCAAAAUGUGUUCAAUCUGUGCUGGAGAAACUGCGGAAAAAUGAAAGAUUUAAGGCACCUGCAGAUUCAGUAUCCACCACAAAGGUUAUUGUCCGUUUACUACAAAUUCUUAUUUUGUCAAAUGAUCUCUGAAUAUGGAGGGGGAGUGCAAACACACUUCCCGGUAUGCAUGCCAGCGUGGUGUGUUUUUUUCAUUUGUUGCGAAAUUUCGUCUCGACUAUUUCUAAGAAGCCCAGAAAUUCCACUGGAGCUGGAUCCAGCAUGUGGUUCUGCUCGGCGUCAGGAAACACUGACUGAGGACUGUGUGAGAGCAGGCAGCUCUCUUCUUGUUUUGACGGAGGAGGAGGCAGCGAGGUCAGCGCUCCCUUCAUCUGCUUCUCACAUUCCACUUUCAGCCGAGUAAACCUCUCACACCGUCUCACUUUUGGUCUUCAUCCCUCGCUUUCACCACCAAUGUUUACAUGUCAGAGGGCUCUAUUCAUACCGUUAAGAUUUUUAUGCAGUCAUAGGACUUUAAACCUAACGUCUGCUGUUUGUGUUUCAACCUGAGGUGAAUAAAAGAUGCAUGGAGCACUUUUACCUCCUUCUGCAUGGGUAAGGAUUGUAUGUUCCUGGUGUUCUCCUCUAAUACACAUCUAUAAAAUAUAAACACUAAGCACUGAUUCUAUGGAGGUUGCACUUUCUAUUAAGCCUCGAGCAGAGUAGUCAAAGAAACCACGCAGGCUAAAGUGCAAGCAAUUAGUCGUCUUUUACUGGUUUCUAAGUUUCCCUAAAGCAAAAUGUGCGUGUCUCUUUUCUCCAUCAGCACUUCCAGACCAUGCUGAAGACCAAGCUAAAUGUGCUGACACUGAGGAAGGAGCCAUUGCCCACAGUGAUCUUUCACGAGCCCGAGGCCAUUGAGCUGUGCUCCACCACGCCGCUAACAAAGAACAGACCCCAUGCUGGAUACAAGGUACGAUCACAUGCAAAGAAUAAUCCAUAAAUCCAGCCUGCUAAUUCCAUAAUAGCAUUAAUAGAUCCAAAAAAUACAACACGUUUAUUCAUGUACACUGCGCUCUGUCCAACACACGGUGUUUCUACAGCUUUAAGGUCGAGUGAAAUCCUUCUAUAAUUAGUUUUAAUCAGCAGAAGUGGGCACAUGAUUUCUUUUUUUUUGUACAUCUUGGCAUUUAUUCAUCCUGUUUUGUAAGGUCAGACGUAGAGUUUGAUCCGGUCUAUUUGACACACGGCUCAAAUGUCUUUUCCCUGCCCUCAAAACAGAAAACAAACAGAUUAAAAUAGCAGCCAAGCUCUGUUAUUACACACAACACUCCUUAACUAAGCAACUGGGUCUGUCUUUGUGUAUUUGUCUGCCUGGUGCCGCAGCAUCGCAAGCACAACAAAUAAACAUAGACGACUGUGAGCUUAUAUGAGACGGCUCCGAGUGGCUGUGUGUGUGUCAGUGCGAGGAUUAAGCUUUGUGCGCAAAAUGUUGUUUUUCAGUCCCUGAUGAUGCCCCAUUAACAAGCAUGUCGGAAAAAGAAUUUCACAUUUUCCAGCUUUACCUAACUGAAAUAAACAGUUCAUAUCUGGCAGUUGCUUAAAUUUUUGGGGGGAUAAAAAAAGUGUCCCUCUUGAAAUUAUCGCCAAGAAACACACUCAGGGAAGUCUUAGACCUUGUGAUUGUUGUUCAUUUCUGUAUUUGUUGGAUCGCCGCGCCGAGGGGCUAACCUCAAGUUUGUACUCGACAAACUAUCAUGUACAAGCAUACGCACACACAUAAACAUACACGCUUUCCGACAUAGGCUUAUAGACGUCUUGAAUUUUGCAUUCCCACAUUAGCAAAGAGACUAAAAGUGCUGAGUCCUCAACGGAACUUCCUAAAAUCCCCCUGAAGUUCAAAUCUUAAGAUGAAGUGAAAGUCAGUGUGACGGCCUUUCCUGGCAGAGCAGACAAGUUUAGUCUGGCUGGGAGAGUAACACAGAGAAACACAUUACAAACUUAAAGUUUUUAUUGGCUCAGAACCACAUAAAAUGUCAACAAGUGUCCUGUGCACUCUUCUGGCUUCAGCAACAAAAUGAUUCUUAGAAGCAACUUCAGUCUCAACAUACUGUGAGGAGUACUUAAAGUCUAUUCUAAAUCAUAAAUAAGAAAAUAUUUGCAUUUGAUUUGUCUUUAACCAAACAAGACCAUCAGCCAACGUUUUAGAGGAUAGUAACCUUCAGUGACAGUCACCAAGUAGGAUUUCCACAAGUUUCACUGUUUGCAGAGAGUUGAAAGAAAUAAAAGCGUUCUUUAUUGAUUGCUACAUAUGCUACAUAUAUGAAGAAACAUCCAGUUCUUGAAGCACGUGGGCUACAAUAUGAGUGUUCACAUGCUCCUUGUAGAUUUUUAAAUCAGAUUAGGAUGAAAAAAAAAGACCCGAUGCUGUUGUUUUAGAAAUGAAAGGUGUCUUUUCCCUCAAACGAUCAAGAUAAACAGUGAUGGCAGCUAACAGAUGACAGUUUUGUAUUGAGUAAAAUCCUUGAUGUGACAUUGUAAAGCUGUUACAUUAUUAAACACUCCACCUGUUACACCGCUCCUCCUCUUGCUCAUCCUGGUGUUUCUUUAAGACAGCUGUUAGUCUGCCAGACACAAUAAAAUCCAACCAGAUCUUCUUGUCUUGUAAAAGCUGCAGUGAAAGUAUAUCUGUGUUUAGUGCUUCUACAGCUGAGACUACAAGCAGAGCAGUAAGUCAACACAUAAAACCAUCAUGUUGUCAUCAGCGCUGCAUAUUAAAUACAACAGUGAUUGGAAUUACAAUCUUUCUUUCGGGUGGCUUACUUUAAAUCCUCACUUAGCCCCUGUGGAAGAUUUUCUUCACCUCAGCUGGAUUAUACUCCACACACACUGAUGUCACCCGAAUCAGUGCAUGGCAGAAAUUAAGUCAUCAAACCACAGCAGUUUUCCCAAAUAUCAUCCGAUUGAAAGUUCUUCGUCUUCUUCUUUUUCGUUUUCUUCUUCGUCUUCUUUCUUUUCUUUGUCUUCUUCUUCUUCUACACGGUAUCGUUAUGCUAAUAUAACCAUGAGCUAAUAGAUGUGGCUUACAGUGGAUGAACUUAUUAGAUUUUAUGUGGUAGUGAGGGUCAGCUGGUCACAAACAUGACAUUUGAUUGUAUACAGUUUAAAAAUAUUCCUUCAACUACAAGAUGUCUCACAAGAUGUUAUUUUUUUUUUUUUUUAAGUUUAGUUGGCAGACGUUUUCUGUCUUAUCCAACUUUGUGAAGUAAUAUUGUAUGUCAUUAUGGACACUUACUUUAAAUCCUCACUUAGGCUCUGACGAAAAAAAAUGUUCUCACCUUAGCUGGACUAUACACUCAUCUCACCUGAAUCAGCGCAUGGCAGAAAUCCCAAUUUUCAAUCCCAUUGAACCUCUGGGGAUCAAUAAAGUUAUUUUUCUCUUUCUUUUUCUUCUUCUUCUUCUUCUUCUUCUUCUUCUUCUUCUUCUUCUUCUUCUUCUUCUUCUUCUUCUUCUUCUUCUUCUUCUUCUUCUUCUUCUUCUUCUUCUUCUUCUUCUUCUUCUUCUUCUUCUUCUUCUUCUUCUUCUUCUUCUUCUCCAAUUAGUACCAGGGCGUGGUGUCUCUUUCUUGUAAAUGGUCUAUUACACUUCCUCUGGUCAUGUUACCAUAUACGUUACAUGUUACAUUCAGCCAUUCAUGGUAAAUUCAUAUACUGAUGCCACUGGUUGCAGUUCAGGGUUCAGUGUCUUUCCCAUUUACAUUUGACACAAAGUUGAGGGAUUGAACCCUCGAUUUUCUGACUUUGAAAAGGUUUACUCCACCCCUGAGCUUUAACUGAGGGUGUGUUUGUCUGUGGGGCUGUUGUUCUAAAGACAAAAUGUCAGUAUGCUAAACUUCGACUUUGCUUCUAGGAAGUCUUCUUUUUCUUCAUCUUCAUUUUCUUCGUCUUGUUCUUCUUCACUAUAUCGUUAUACUGAUAUAAACAUGAGCUAAUAGAUGUGGCUCACCAUAGCCGAACUUUUUAAAUUUUAUGUGGUAGUGAGGGUCACAAUUUAAAAAUAUUCCUUCAACUGCAAGAUGUCUCACUAAAUGUUCUUUUUUUAUUUAUUUAUUUUAGUUUGCAGACAUUUUCCGUCUUUUCCAGUGUUGUGAAGUAAUAUUCUAUGUCGUUAUGGACUCAUGCGUCCCAGUGUUUCGUGAGUCAUACCUGAUUUCACAACUCACCAACUGGUUUUGAUUACCAGUCAUGCACUGGAAAUGUGUUUUUUCCGAUCAUCAAUAAACUGUUCCUGUUUUUUGACGGUAAUUGUUGCCAAUCCGAACCAACACUUUCGUGAUGCUAAGUUAUUUAGCAGAAUAGCGGUGGCAGUGAGACAUAGCCGUCUCGUGCGUCACCCUAUCACUGCCACGAUAGAGGAUAAAUAUUGAUGUGUCACUUAGGUGCAUGCUGCACUCAGCUAUACUUGGUAUCCCUCUCUGUCUAGUGUGAAUCCCAGCAUCCUCUCUCUGCCCGCUCCUCCUCUGUACUCGCUGCUCUUUCCAGCAUUACUGAGAAUGCCAGGGCCGCGUUGUCAUGGAUACCACUACAGCUAUUCAACAGAGAAACCUACCGCACAAGACAUUCAUUUCCCUUGUCUGUCUGCAGCCUCCAUAUUUGCAAGUCCGUCUGCCUCGCCGCCUGCAUCUGUUGGCUUGUGUAACUUCCUGUCUGACUCACUACCUGCCUGUCUGCAUAUCUGUCUGCCCACCUGCUUCAGCACCUCAGCUGAGGCUUCCAAAACAUUUGAUUUUCAUUUGGAAGUAGAAAAUUGUAAAAGGAAAAAAAAACAAAAAGGUCCUUUUGAUCUCCCUGAAGCCUUCCUGUUUGGCAUUCAUCCUCUACAACACAAUACAACACCGUUUAUUAUCCUCUUGGAGAAUCUUAUUUUCUUUAAUUUCCCCUCCACUCCACGCUCUUUCUCUCUCUUUCUCUCUCUCUCGCUCUCUCUCUCUCUCUCUCUCUCUCUCUCUCUCUCUCUCUCUCUCUCUCUCUCUCUCUUUCUCUCUCUCUCGCUCUCUCUCUCUCAGCCCCCCAGUUGUGCUUCCAGUUUACAGGAAGGCUGGCUGUGGGCUGCUGUCCGUCUGCCAAAGCUAACAGCUAGCAAGGAUGAAAGGCCAUCUCUCAUUGCCCCUCGUAGCCUGCUGCUCUCAAAACAGUCCACUUCUUAUCCACUGAGAAAGUGUGUUCAGGGCUCUUUGCAGCCAUGCCAGCUCUACAGUCAUACUCCGCGAUGACGGAGAAAUGACUUUGGAGGCUGCUCAAGAUACAGCUCAGCUUUUUAUUCUUGUUUUUACAAGGUUUGAUUUUAGUCAUUUUUCCUUUUCCAAGAAAAGAGAAUCUGAUCACCUUCAUGUGACUUUGUGUUUACUUGUCUCCGGGAAAUAUUAGGGGUGGGAAUCACUAGUGGCCCCACGCUAUGGUAUUAUCAAGAUACUUUGGACAUGAUACGUUAUUAUAGUCAUUUUUCUUUCCUUUAUGUUUGUCUUAUUUACGCUUUAUUUUAUUUUCAUGGACCACAUCUUGCACUAACUUUCUCCUGCUCUUUGAUCUCACCUCUGCCAACCUCACUGGACAAACAGUUGGCUUUAUUUUUCCAUUAUCAUAGAUUUGACUUCAUUUUAGCAAUUAAUUUGAAAAAUCAAUACUUUGUAAAUGAAAUGAUAGGAUAUAUCACCAGACAAAAUAACACAAUACUAUGCUGUAUGGAUUUAUUCUUCACCCCAAGAAAAUAUGGAGUCAAUUUUGACUUAAGUCUCAUGUUUUUACAGUUAUUGUAUAAUUAAUUUAAUUGAAAACUCAUAUAUUAAUCCUUUUGUUUGAGCAAUUCUCUUACAAGUCCAGAUCUGACCCCCUGCUUUACUGUCCUAGAUCAUUUAUUUUUCUAAAGCUGCUAUAUAAAUAAAAUUAUCAUCAUUAUUAAUUUUUUUACGAUGAACACACAGGUGUCUUUGUCAGGUCUCGUGAGACAGUAGGUAGACAGUAAACUCUAGAAAGGUUACUUUGGAUGUGAAGUAAAAAUGGACCAAUCUUUCCACAGAAACCAGCUCCACCAAAAUGUUGCAGUAAAUGAUAUUUGUUUGUGAGAUUAUGUGAGUAAAGCUUUGAUCUUCAAUCAGCUGGGAUCAAUAUUCACAACAGAAGAUCAAAAUUCAGUUUUUUCCCACUCCUUUGUCUAGGUCAGUGUUAAAAUCACGCAGUCAGAUAAGUAAAGCUGUGUGUCAAAUCUCUUUUUGGACUGACGUAUGCAGUUUCAGAUGUAUGGUACAUCCUCUAUAGACAAACUCUCACCUGUAUAAUGACACCAAACCAGUGAUACUGUGUGAUUCUUCCACUCCAGAGACAUUCACACCAGCAGCCCAGUGCAUACUGGUCCUGCAUGUCUUUAUCUAAUCUGUCAGCAGAGAGACCCUGUGUCUGUCUGUACUUGGUAUUCUGAUGUCAGUCAGUAUGCUGCUGGAUGUACCGUCACUUCUCCUCCAGUGAACAGAGAACAGAACACUCAGUGAUGACACUUACACUAUCAGUAAUGUCCAGGCUGAGAGGACCAGUACUCCCAGUGCUCUGCUGGAUAGACGUCUGUGGAGCUUUUGUUUCUGUGAUUCUCCCUUUAUGUGUGCGUAAUUGUAUAUAUUUAGUCAGUAAACAUCGUUAACAUGCAAGUUGUGGGCAUACACUGAUCUCUCAAUAAAGCUGAUGAGCCAGGACUAUGAUUUCCUGAACCAAACAAGUGUGAUAGAGAAGACCACGAGUUUGGGGGUUUUGAAAAGUAGCUUUGAUCUGACAGAAAAGUCAGCCUACCCGACCUCUGUAGAAUUUAGUGAAUUAAAGGGAUAUUCUGGCGUAAAAUUAAGUUAGGUCAAAUAAACCGUAACACCAGCUUUAGUAAUGACUGCAGGAUAGCAAGGAGCCAAAAACAAACCUCAACCAAAACGCCACUCUGUAGCCACAAAUAAUCUUCAGAACAGCACCUAACUUCAUCAACAGUACAUAUAGGGUCCUAGCCAUAGCACUCGCCACCAAACAUCUUUGUAGCUUUGCCUGAUUUCUUUAGCAAAGAGACUAAACAUGACUCACCAACUCUCUUCCAGCAGCCGCUUGUUUGUAGGGUUAGCUCAGAUGAGUCCAUCCCCAACAGCAGUGGAGUGACGAAGCUUAAGGAAGAGCAGUUAUGAUCAUUUCUUUAUCAUUUCUUGGCUCUAUCUUAAUUUUAUGCUGGAAUAUCCCUUUAACUUUUUACUCAGCUUUCCUGCUGAUCACCCAGCUGUGUUAAAUGCUAGAUUCUGAUUGGUCACAAACUCUUAACAGUUGUUCAAGAAUUGCUCUGGCACAUUGUAUGUUUCCUUGUUGACAAGGAGGCAUUUUAGAGGUAAACGUUGUGUCGAAAUUUUUAGUUUUCCUCAACAAUGUCCAAGCUAGAAAACAUGAUAAUUUAGAUUGAAUCCCAUCCUGCAAUCCAGGCAACUGCUGCAGAGCUGGUGAUUGAAAAUAUCAGUUUAUGAGUUCAUUCUUGUCCAACACUUUACAUAGACUUAAAGGUCCAAAUAAUAAAUACCAACAUUUUUAUGAGUAUUUAAAAUACGUGUAGGGAUGCACCGAUCCGAUAUUUGAUAUCAGUAUUGUUCCCGACACUGAAGAAAAUUCUAGAUCAGGAGAGGAGAGGAGAAAAAGCCAGUCAGGAUUCAGGUUUGGGUCAGGCUGUAUAUUGUCCGUGAUGGCAGCUUCUUGUCAGAGGAAGAGCAGCAGGUCUGGGCUUUACUUAAAUCUGCUGAUUGACCCAGCAUGUUUGGCUUUAUUUCUGGACAGUGAGACUAAACUGUGUCUCAAGUAUAGGCUGCGCCUCUGUCUGAGUUCUACCUGCCUCACUUUCACUUGCACAUGUGUUAUCUGUACAGUAGAAGUGUUGGCACUUAUAUAAGUGUUGAGGUUUUUGCACCCCUCAUUUUUAGAGCAAAAAUGUGCACUCUAUGAACCACGGUGGUCUCUCGAGGCUGAUUUUGAAGGGAAACCUGCAUGUGCAGCACUUAGAAUAUUUGUAUGAGCCUUGACCAUAUAAUAGAGGUUGGUUAGGAGAAAAGUUUUUCUUAACAUCUUUUUGGAUAGACAUUCAGUGCUAAUUUAAGUGUUUGGGACCAUGAUUCCUGGGCAGGGGAUAAAAAAUUAUUUUGGAAACCCAUGGCACAUUACAGGAAAGUUUAAGUUUGGAUAAUCUUAUGCAGCUUUUUUUUUUCCUUUUUUUAGAUUAUGGAGAUUUUUUUUAAAUAAAAAAAUGUUUAUGAAAAAGGCUGCAAAUGUGAAAGCUCCUUUCACAUACACUAGGUGCUUUACACUGAAACACAUAGACUCUGUUUUUUUUUACCAUGAACACACACAGCAUCAUCUCCUCACCACACCACACUACACAAACAAGUAAAUACCCACAGCACUUCAAAAAAAAAAAAAAAAAAAAAAAGUCAUCCAUCCUCGCAUGUCGUGGCAAGCGAAGCCAGCUGUAUGGUGCUGAUUCAAUAAGUUCAGAGGAAUGUUAACAACCUCCUCUGGAAUGCUGCAUUCCCAAGAAGUGGAUUCCUAGUCUUGUUGGGGGAUCGGGGCACAGGGGCCCAGUGAGGGAGAACGCCGGGAUAACCUCCGUUUCUGUCAGUGGGACGGUUGUGUUUCAUCCACAGAACAUGCUCCACGACUUUUGCACCGGACUUUUACUUUUCAGGACCUGAUUGAAAAAACUGCCUCAUCCUUUUAUUUUUAUAUCCUCACUGUAGAUUCACUCAGAAAUUGUCUAGAUUGUCUGGAUUCAGAAUUCAGGUUGGUGAACUCUAAAAAUAAAAAAUACUCAUGAGCAUACAGAUAGUACACAGGUUUAACUUAUUGCCUCUGGUCAACCUUAGAUGUUAUAUUUGCAGCUGUUUUUACUUUCUGACAGUCUUCUUAUUUUAGCCCUAUUAUAUAAUAAUAAUGCGCAUUUCUUUUAACAUUUGUUUUUUCAUUUUCAGAGUACCACUGGUAUGUAAUAUUUGAAUUUUUUCUCAGUCAACAACUGAGAUAAAGAUUGAGCAAAACAGCUGUGUUUUCACAAACAGUUCGUACACUUGUACUGUUGGAAAAGAACAACAACCAUGAGGAUGGCAAAAACACCUGGUGCCAAAAUGUGUUUUGUCUGCACCAACACUUCGUCCUUGGAGCAUUAUCAGGGAGAGUGUCCUGAUGCUGAAAGUUCCAGGAGUGUUGUUGACUGUCAGUCUGUUCCUGCAGCUGAUCUAACAGGAUCAAACUAACUCCCUCAAACACUGUCUCCUUGUUCUUCUCCCAGCUCCACUUCCUGUCAUCCCCUUUUUUUUCCUCCGUGUUCCCAAAGCCUCUCCGUAGGGACAGGUAUCUUGUCUCUCCUCCCCCUCCCUUUUUUCCCAGUCCUCCUCCUCCUCUUUUCUUCUCAUUCCCUCUGUCCCCUUUUCCUGCUGAUAGCUGAACCAGCUGUGGCUCCAUCAGUAGAAGCAGCUGCCCUGACUCCACACCUCUCUCUCUCUCACACACACAUAUACCAGGAUCCAUGUGUGCGUGGAUGAGUACACACAAGUACAAACCCUCAAUUUUACAGGAAGAAAAUGCGUUUUGCGUGUUGGUGGACCAGGAUGUUCACGUCUCACUCUCUAGGCUGCGGAUGUUUUUCCUGUCUCCCUCUGUGCAUGGCCACUUUCUAUCCGCCUUCUUUGCAUUCAGUAACUUUCUUUCAGCUUUCUCCCCAUCUGUUUACAACAACAAGCUUCUCCUCCUCCCAGCACCACCGUCUGUUUCUCCUUUGUUAUUCCAUUAUUGUGGUUCUUUCAGGCACUGUUGGUUUUGCAUCCAAUUAUUGGUCCAAAAAAGUUAAAUGUUAAAAUCUGCGUGUUUCAUUUAUCAUUAAAAACAGAAAGCGCUGUUACUGGCAUGUACCUAAAAACAGCGGUUAGGCAUGAUUGUCUCACAGUCUAGUUUACAGAGUGUUCAACAGUGUUGUAAACAUGCCAAGAUGAGUUUGAAUAAGCUCUAUUGAUGACUUUAUUUUUCUAUGCAGCCAAGGUUAGCCGUGUCCUCUUUGUUCUUGUCUCGAUCAUGGACAGUGUAGUACAUGAACAUGGUCUCAGUUUCAUCACCCAUCAUUUCUCCAGCAGCUGACAUAUUGGAAAUGCUGACUCAACACUACUUAUGGUCAACCUAGUAACGGGAAAUAGUGUUAAGCUGUGGCAGGCCUUUGGCUUCCUGGCAGACAGCUACAAUGCACUUAACUCGCAGUCAAGCAAACAGCAUGCCUGAUUAAAGUCCAGUUUCAGUUGGACUGAGGCGAUAUAUACAUAUAUAUUUUUAACAACAUGCAAACUUACCGACUGCACAUUAGCAGUGUCCAGAUACGAUAUUGAUAUCGGACAGCGGUCCAAUAUCAGCACUCCGAUACAAGCAUUCCAGAUUCCGCUCCGGCACCUCUAUCUAGCAGCGCCCUGAUCCAGCAUGCUGAGCUGACAACAUUACAACAAAAGUGUGUGCUGAGGUACUAACAAAGCAGCAAGGAGUAAGAGUGAUGUUGGCCUUGUGGCAGUAUUUUUUGUUUAAGUCUGAAAAAGACAUUGCAGUUGAGUGAAAAACUUGUCAUGCCCAAUUUUGUAUCAAUAUCGGUAUUUAUCAGUAAUGAAGGCUACAAUAUCUGUAUCUCAUUGGAAGUCAAAAAGUUGUAUCGGGAUGCCCCUACUGCAUACCAACAAUUGGACAACAUGGGAGUCAAUGGGGCUGUCUGGACUUUUGGAGUCAGCCUCAAGUGGACACUUGAGGUACUGCCAUUUUUUGGUCCUUCUGCAUUGGCAUCAUUUCAAUACUGAAAGAUGCUCUUGCUAGGCAGACUUCCAUGACUGCUACAAUAUCACUUUAUGUAGCAUAAAGACAUAAAUCUGCUCACCACAAGGACUGUAUUUCAGAAAAUAUGAUUUUUAUUUCGACUUAUUACAUUACAAGUGGUCACGCUAACAAGGCCAACGAAAAGACGUUAAUCUCAGCUGUUUAUUUCAGGUGACCUUCACCAUGUGAGUUGUAGCGGUCUGUCAGAGAAGGAUAAAAUGAAAACUAUAUCCACCAUAAACCAAGAACCAGUAAUGGUGGCCACAUGUCUCACCACACAUGUGGAUGUUUAACAAUGCUCCUCCUCUUUCUGUGGCUUACUCACAAACACUUUCGCUCCAUUUCUUUGUUUUUCGUCACUCUCUACGAAGCAGGUUUACACACACGCAACACACGUUAAAUCGCAUCUUUCUCCACCUUUUCCAUCCCUGCCUGCUCCAUUUUCCCUCUUUGUCGCCUUCCCUCUUUGCAGCCCUUUAGGCCCUCUUUCCUGCGAUAGAUUUUUUAUUCCUGUCUCCAUAUCACUACAUAUGGAAUCAAUAUUUUCAGUUUGACAGUAUAGGACCAUAAAGAGAGAGCUGCAGUAAAGAGUGCAAGAUGGAGGGGGAUGUAAGGAUAGAGAAGAGGUGUCAGGGAUAGAAAAACAGAAAAAUGAGAGAAAGGAACAAGUGAGAGAAGAGACUGAAGGAAAGAGUUUGAGUGUAGAAGAUACACAUGGAAAGUUGAGACAAAGGGGAGAACUCUGCAGAUCUCUGGAAUGAUUUAAGCCGCCUGCCUGACCUGCCAGCUCUGGGACGACUGGUGAGAAAGCUGCCAGAUGAGUGAACAGCAGAUGUGUCCUGGUCUAAAAUAGAUGGAUGAAUGUAUCAAUUUUAUCCAGAAAUAAAUUUAUAGAAAGUAAAGAAGGAGACUGCUUUGCUGCACUUCACACUGACUCAAGUUUGGCUUGAAAAUGUAGAAAAAAAAGCAGAACAUUCCUGAUAGAGUGAGUUCAACCUGUGUCACAUCACUUCUCCAUCUGCAGAAUUUCCGACCGUUUGAGUCAGCGUGUCUCUUCAUUGUUCCUAUCGUGACCCGUGAUUUAUACCUUUGGAGACGCUCCUGACACACUUACACACUCUCACAAAGACACUUAAAAAGCACACACACUGUGGUGAUAAAAAGUGAGCCACUAGUUUGUCUCAGGCCUCGAAACACACGGGCUGCGCACAAAUGGUAAGGUCUCUGUUAGCAUUUAAAAGCAGCUGCUUCAAGGCCGUGUAUCUAAAACAGGCAUUCAGCUCAUGCCAGAUGAAAAAUUUGAGCUUUUAUUUUAUUUUUUUUUAUGAUAAUCAUUCUUCUAUGGUCUCAUUAAACGUCAGAUAAAGAUGAAUUUUCAUCUUGUUUGCUGUGUAACCAAAACAAAAUUUAUACCAUGUGCUGAAUAACUCAGGCAGAAUUGAUGUUUGUUUACUUGAGGAUUCAUGUUACGUGUCUGAAACUUGUUUGGAUUUUAAAAAAAGAGAGGUAAAAGUAAAUUGUCCAUUUUAAAACAAUUUGUGUGUCAUGUAAUGUUUUUGCUGACCUGCUUUUGAAUUGUUUUUGUAUGAUUUUGCAUUGGAGAACUUUGACUUAUUCGGGAUUGUCUAAUCUACUUAAUAGCAUUUACUCUGCUCAGUCUUUCACAAAGUUCCCAGGUAUUCUGAUCCACCUUCCUUCAAGUAAUCUCAAUAGUAUAUUCAGGUUUUUUUUUCUGAUGGAAAUAUAUUUUAGUGGGUAGGGUUUGGGAGACAUGGUAAAGCCACUUACUGGUUAGGGAAAGACGUACCGCAACAGUAAGUUCUCCAACUGUUGAAUAGAAUCAGUCAUGCAGUAUUGAGGACAAGCUGAUUGCAACAAUUGAGGGCUGUGCCCUCUAACGCUUUCUUUUACGCUGACACCACAUACCAUAAUAGUGACGAUGAAACUUGUAUGAUAAAUAGACGUAGCAUCUCUGGCGUAACCUGCUUUUGCUUGUGAAUUAUCAGUGGCGGUGUUAACGGCUACAGUGUGCCCACCUGCCAACCCAGUCAGUCAUGCCCUUGAUUCACCAAUUUUAUAAUCUUAAAAACUUUUAAUGGAACUGGUUACAAUACAAAUACACUACCUCUGAGAAGGUGCUGAAGGAGCGCUGACCUAUUCACACCAAAACCUUUUUGUUAACCAGGCUGUAAACAUGUAGAUUUUUACCUUGGAAACAUUUUUGGGUUCAUUUCUUAAGACUAGAGUUUGCCCCUUGACAACUGAGCCAAGAGAUAGAGUUGACAUCAGAGUUUAUAUGUAACAUAACACUGUAUUAUUAGUACUAUCAGAUACACAAGAUUUCUCUUCAGUGAUGGCAAUCACAAAAAGUUUCAAAGACCUUUAUUCAUUCCUGUUUCAUUUAAUAUUUCACUUUCCAAAUCCAGAUGCCAUGUCAUCCUUCAGACCACAGUUUCAUACCAGGUAUAAAUGUUUCUAGAGGGCAAAGUGUUGGUAGGGUCAGAUGUAUCAGUGUAUCUUUUUCUCUCUAAGAAGAAACUUGUCUUUAUUUCUUUAUAAGCCUGUUCUUUCUGCAGAAAAAAUGUACCAAUUUCCUCUUCAGCUGCAUGUUGUGUUUGGACUUUGAAGAAACAAUCUCCAGUAUUUGUUCAGUCUGGUGACCUCCUAACCUUUCACGCUUGUCACUUUUCUUCUUCCCCAGCGCACACACGCGCACGCACAUCGUACUUCUCUGGAGAGCUCAUCUCUAAUCCUCCCCUCAAAACAUCUGCAAAAUGUUAAUUGUUAUGCAGCUGAAAGAAAAAUUGGAGAUAUGCCAAUGACUCAUGACAAACUCUGAAAAAACUCCAAUAAAACUUUGCCUCUCUGUUCAAAUAUAAGUUAACUCAGCACCAGGCCAUCGCUGCAGGCUCUUCGUUCAAAGUUUUUUCACAGUGUUUAACAAGGCAUGUCAUCUGGAUUCCUUCCUAAUUUUUUAACACAACAGCAGACGAGAGGCAGUCAUGUAUAGAUGUAGUGGAAGUAUCGUCAGUUUUGGCCCUCUCCCAGCUGCAGUGAGAGAUUUAAAACCUGGCAGAGCAUUCAGCUUUUAUCCCAAAAGAAAGAAAGCAAUCAAUGGAAACAGAAGUAGUUGAAACAAGUAACUCAAUACUAGAAUAAAAACAGAGAGAAGGAGUCUACAAUGACUCUUUAUUGCUGUUCGACAUACAAACGGCACACUGUGGAUGGUCGAUGUAUCUUGGCGCAGUCUUUGGGUUUGUUGGCUGGCUGACUGACUGACUGCUUUUUGGCUUUGAAAAGGUGUCGGUGUGGUUGAAUAGCAAACCGCCCUGCCUCUAGGCUGCUCCUGCAGACCUGUGCUACUCAGCAGAAUGAUGGAUCGGGUGUAAAGGCUGUCCAUCCUCGUGGUCCACCCCGCAGUCACCACUAAUGAAAAGCAGACAUGACGAGGCAGCUGCUCUCACUGCCUGAUUCCCGCACCGUUGCCUGAAGGAAACCGGGGGAACAAUGUCAAGUUGUGCUGCGUUAUCAGACCAGAUAGUUCACGCAUGAUUUUUUUUGUUGGAUCUUGUCUGUUUUGAUGCUGCUUAGACAUAAUUUUUGAGAAAUGUGCUGCUCCUGUGAUCAUUUAGGUCCUAGCCUUGAAUACAGGACUGAUGACAAGUGGACACAGUGAUACAUUUUUAAACCAGCUAAAAAAAAUUGUACAAUCACAGCACCCCCAAAAUCACCAUUGAUCUAAUCCUCUGUGCUGAGUAAGAAGUUAUCCCAGACGAGAGAAAAACUCAAGUUAUUAUUUUGUGAGGAAAAAAAAAGAUAAAGAAAAUUAAAACUAUGAGAUGGAAAGUCAAAAUAAGAGUCAUAUUAAAAAGCUGAAUUUGUGAAAAGAUAUAAUUAUGACAUACAAAGGUAAAGUUAUAUUAGUUAAGUCAUAAUUAUGGGAUGAAAAAAACAUUAUUAGAGAUAAAAGGACAAAAUUAUAGGAAAAUAUGAUGCUAUCCAAAAAAUAGGAUUUAAGGUCUUUAUACACCGGGGCCGACGAGAAUAUAGAACGCGAAAUUACGAAAUAGUCGGAGGAGAAGACUUUUCCCGGGGAAAGUCCUGCCUCCUUCACCUCUGAUUGGUUAGAAAACCUGGAAACGUCAUCACACGCUCAAGCCAAAUGGUCAGCACUGAUAGCCAAUCAGAGGCGAUAAGAUAAGCACAUGAAACUAUGGUAACAAGCUAAGCUUAUGUUAGCACAGAUGAAAGUUAAAACAAAGACGUUUAGCAAACUGUUAAAGCACAAAAACCAUCGUCAUUUGAGAGAUCUGACGCUAUGUUGUCCUUCAGAUCGUUAUCUUUGUAAUGUUUGUGUUUUUUUAUCAAAAAGAACUCUGUUCUCCAACACGUAAACCAUCAGCUGGUCGGCCAUGUUGGAUAAUUACAGAUUCCUACUCAUAUGACCUUUUCUCUGAGAAAUUUGGCUUUUCAUAUCAAACUCGUGACUCUUAGGCCCAAAAGAAUUUUUCUUCUGUCUGAUUAUUUGGUAUUAAUCAAAGUGAGUUCAAUGUUUUUCGGGAUUUUUACAGAACAAAAGGGACUUCCAUUGUUUGUUUGUUUUUAGUUUUAGGGGAAAAAUGACAAAUUGUUUCUCUGAAACCCUAAUCAAGGAAGAAUUCUGCUUUAUAAACUUUCACUGAGGCUGUGUGUCUGAUUUUUACCUAACAACGUUGCACUGUUGCUGCUCUCUUACAAUCAGAAAACUGUGCAGUGCACUAAAUUUGGCAUUGCACUACAUUUACUUGAACACCAUUUUGCAUUGUUUAACUAAAACACCGGUGCCUCCAAAAGGUUUUACAACUUCGUCACUUAUCACAAAUGCUACAGCCUAAAAUUAGACUUAAAUUCCUGUCUAACCCAAAGUUUGGGACUGACUGGACUACUGUUCUAUAUACUCCACUGAAAGAUCUCUUUCAGUCAAAAAACCCAGGUUGUUAAGGGGUAGGUAGACUUUAUGGCUGCAGACUAAACAAAACUUUUCGUAGAAGAGGAGCAUCCAGAUCACAUGUUUAGUACAGGACCUUUGCCUCUUCUUUGAGUUUCUUGUGGUUUUUGACGUCUGCCCUCUCUGCUCUUCCCAAUAUGGACCUAAGUGGAUCUCUGCUGUUGUCAAACCAGUUAAAUAGACAUCUGGAUGUUGUAAUAAGACCAUAUUUAAGGUUGAUAUUUUUGGAACGCUUUGGGACAUGACUGCAUCAUAAUCCAUAAAUGUGCCAGACUCUGAAAUACACAUCCUCCCUUAAGUAUUAACUCUUAUCAUCAUCGCACUUGUGUUAUUUCCCUCCAUAUGCUCUGCAUGUUAGCCGCCUGUAAUGAAAUCUUGGGAGAGACAAGUAUUCAUCCACCCCAGUAUAAACACAGACAGGAGUGAAAACUCUUUGAGUGUUUGACUUGUAGCAGGCUCCUCCUCUGUGUAUUUUUAUAAAGCUAUAAAGAACACCAUGUUGUGAAAGCGCACAAGUCAGCCAUUAUUCCUGGACUGUUCUCCAAUUGGCAGUGAUCCCACAGAAAACUCCAGCUUUGUUCAUGACUUAAUUUUCUCUCUGCUCUUAUCCCUCUCCAUCUCCUCAGUCUAUCGCUCUCCUGGUAUGCAGUGUCAUUACUAUGGUAUUCUAUGGUGCUUGUUGCAGCUUACAGCUCAACUUUUUUCACAUUUGGAAGUAACUUUCAUACAUCCUUUAGCUUGUCAGUGCAGUCGCCACAGAAAUGAGAAAAAGAGAGAAACAAACACCCAAAGUUUGAGGUUAAUUACCCUCAAGAUGCACGCUGAACACAGAAUUAAUUGGUUUUCAGUGCAACAUUAUUUUUCAAUUUGCUUCACAUUCUUUACCUCCCAGAACAUUUCAUGCCAGAUUUCCUUUUAAUUUACAAAACUGCCUGUGGUGAUUAGAAAUGGAAAUUGGGUCCACUUUUCAAUAUUCCCGGAAUAGAAAAAGACUUGUUUAGCUGGUCUUUCCAUCCUUAACCUAAUUCUUGCUGCUGUACAUCAUGACUCAGCAUUUGUUUGUCAAUGCAAAAGGCUGAGCAUAUCACUUUUGUGAAAAUGAUUUUCCUUUAUAAACCCUUGAGUAAAGUAGCUAGGUCACAACUUUUACACAGUCCUUGUAGUGCGGUGUUCCUCAAGGUUGUAUUCUCAGCCCACUCAUUUUUUUUAUUCCAUGCUUUCUAUGAGGCACUUUAUAUACCAUCAUGAAAAAGUCCCAUGUAGCUACUAUAUAAACUAGGGGUGGGUAAAAAAAUUGAUACAGCAUAGUAUUGCGAUAUUUUGUCUGGUGAUAUAUCAUAUCGUCUCAUUUACCACGUAUCGAUUUUUCAAAUUAACCGCUAAUAUGAAGUCAAAUUCAUGAAAAUGGGGAAAAAUAAAACCAUUGUCCAGUGAGGUUGGCAGAGGUGACAUCAUAGAGCAGGAGAAAGUUAGUGCAACAAAUAUAUAUAAUAUUUGCAAGAUGUGGCACAUGAAAAUAAAAUGCAGCGUAAAUAAGACAAACAUAAAAGAAAGCCAAAUACAAAAUUAGCUAAAAAGUUGAAAAAGUUAUAUAAAUUGCAAUGUUGUAUCGCAAUACUCACUGUAUUGAAAAAUGUUAAAAAUCGCAAUAAUAUUGUAUCGUGAUAAUAUCAUAUCAUGGGGCCACUAGUGAUUCCCACCCCUAAUGUAAACUAAGAUCAUACAAAUCAGACUCAAAGUUUGCCAGCGACCUUAUGAGUGUUACUACUUAUAAAAAAAUUAAGACAGACCACUUGGAUGAAGAUAUAUAGAUAUAUUUUUUGUAACAUUCACCCACAAAGAUACUCCAUACUCAUGUCCAAGCCCAAUAAUCAGGUCCCUUCAUGUUUCUGCAUUGAUUCUAUGGCUGCAUACAAGCUGAAUAAGGGAUUCCAGUAAAAUUGAUUCAAUCAAUCAAUCAAUCAAUCAAUCAAUCAAUCAAUCAAUCAAUCAAUCAAUCAAUCAAUCAAUCAAUCAAUCAAUUAAUCAUCAAUAGUUGUUAAAGUAGUUAAUGUAUGUAGAUGACCUUAGCUUGCAAUCAAAAUUCUUUGGCUACACCUGCUGUGUGUUAAGAGAUAAUCAUCAUGCAGGACUGUUUUUCAUUGCAACAGGGAGUCGAUAAAUCACAUUAUUUAGAAAGACAAAUUCCUUUUUCCAGAUCCUUUGAUGUUUUGGAUCAUCACUUUGUUGUUAUUCCACUAUUAGUUGUGAUUGUGAACAUCUGGUGGAAAUUUGAAAUCUGCAUUUGAGAGUAUUGUGGUGAAUUUUUUAGCCAUGCACAUGAAUACAUGGGUCAUAUGAGGCACAUUGUUGCAAAGAUGAGUCCGUAACAGUGUCUGUUUCCUGUUACCUGCAGGUGACCUACCUUGGUAAAGUGACAAUUUCUGGGACUCAGUUCCUGUCGGGUUGCACGGAGUCGGCCGUCGUGGGUCUGGUGGAGCAUCGUGCCCUUGCACAGCAACAAGGCAUCUGCCCAGCAGGAAGCUCCCUGCUAGAGAUUCGGCCCUUCCAGGUGCGUCUUCACCACCUGGAUGAGCACGGCGAGGCCUCAGUAACCAUGGACACGUACCAGGUGGCACGAAUCGCCUACUGCACAGCUGACCAUAGCAUAAGACCCAACAUAUUUGCCUGGAUCUACCGGGAAAUCAACGACGACCUGUCCUUCCAGAUGGACUGUCACGCAGUAGAGUGUGAGAGCAAGCUAGAGGCCAAGAAGCUGGCACACUCAAUGAUGGAGGCUUUUCGCAAGACUUUCCACAGUAUGCGCAGUGAUGGCCGUAUUCACAAGAGUGGCUCGUCAGACGACUUUGCUGAGGACUCUUCCACCCCCGAAGACUUGACACCAGAUGACGGUUGAAUCGAUACUGACCCAAACUCCUGAUCCCAUCCUAACAGAGUCGGGGGGGACUGUAAGGAUGGACAGAUUGCCCUCUCUCUCUCUCUCUCUCUCAUUCUGCCAUAUCAUCACUUUCUGUUAUCAAUUUGGGUCAAAAUCAACUGACUGUGAAUCAACACGCCUUGGAUUAUGAAGUAGCUCUUAAAUACCGCGAAGAUAUGAUAGAGGAAAGGAGUUCAAAGAGAUCUACAUUUACGUACGAGGAAAGCAAAGUGCUGCCACUUUGUAUGAAAGGCCCUCAACAAUCCGCAGAGGUUCUGAGCACCUCUGUUUACGCCCUCAAGAGAUUAACCCAACAUUCCCAUUUUCAACCACUGUCAAAUCUAUUUGUAGCUCUCAAGCUUUUUUUCAAUCCAAACAACAGUCCUAGUCUGCACCUGUGACUACAGCUAAUGACAACUUGAUGCUUCUCUUGCCAUAUAGGGACCCAGCAGAAAUGGGCCUAAGAUCUAUUCAGGGUAUUAUCCUGGAGUUUAUGAGACUGUGGAAGCACAUAAAUUCUUUAGAUGUUUAAUUACACAGAUCUCUGCCUUCAGCCUCUGUAACAGCAGAUGAGGAAGUGAAAGAAAAGAUAAGCCUUUAAGCACUAUUCAUAUCAUUUCUAUGGUAUCAAAGUCCAACUCCAACUAUGUUUCACCAGCAUGGCUGGUUUUUCUGUGGAUAAUGGAGCCAGAGCUUCUAUCACUGCCUCCAUUUAAUAGAUACUUAAGGAUAACACGUAUUUGUAAGGCAUCUGAGAUAACAUAUGUAGGUGCUACUUAGAUUUUAAAAAAAAGUUCUCACUGGGCUGAAAGCCUGGACCUCUCUGCGACACCUUAAUCAUCAACAUCUGACUUCAGUUUUGAGUAUACCAAAAUUUCAGGCUGGAUUUCGCCUGUCAGAUUAUGUGCCUCACUUUCCUCGCACAUUAGUUCGGUCUCUUACUCUGGUCCCAGUGUGUAUGUGUGGCCAUGUGUGCAUACCUACCUUUUCGUUUUGUUUGUUUCCCCUGUGUGUGUAGGUGUAAUUGCUUACUUCUGUACUUUGUGUAUAUGAAUGUACACGUGAGCGCUUGCAUCUGUGUAAGUGAAAGAGAGAAGAGGAGGAAGAUUAUAGGGGGGUGGGGCGGGGGGGUAAGUGGCAUUGUAUGAUUGGCUGGAAGUGAAGACUUGUCAUUGCCCCUGAAGGAUCCAUUUUUAAUGCUAAAGGAGGUGUUCUAAGAUCUCAGACAUUAGGGCCUGUACUGUGAUUCGCCAAGUUUACUCACUUAUAUGUAUGAAAUGAAAACAUGAGAGUCUGAAUGAGUGAGGUUGAAGGACCCGAACUAAACAUGGCCAUCCAAGGUAACAGCUGAUGCCUCCUGAUGAAUGUUAUCAUGAGUCAUAACAACGUGCUGCCAUUUCCAUUCAGUCUCCCAUGAUCUCCUCAUGCUGUAAGGGACAGUCGCCGACCGGUUUCACUCAGCUCUACUGCUCCACUUCGCCUCUCUCUGUUAGUGACUGGGACUCCAUUGUUGGGCAUCAGAGCUCUACGCUUCCCUCUUUUUAAAAUUGGACCGCGGUGAAGAGACUGGACACUAUCGGUGGAGAUAGCCUUUUAGUCAGUGAUUCAAACAACAAUCAGGUGGCUCCGGUCAACACAUACACACUCAAAUAUACACACAUACGAUUAUACAUAUGUACACACACAUUGUAUUUGAUUCUUGUUCAAUAAGCUUAUGUAAAUACAAAUGUAUCACUUUCCAAAUAUUACAGCAUAAAUGUGGAUAGCUAUUUUAAAUAAUAAAAAAGUUGAGAACCAUCAUACGAUACAGAAACAGUGUUAUAAAGCCUACUGUGAAUUCUAGGUGGAGAACCUGAUAGAGGUGGCUGUGUGUGUAUGAGUGUGUGUGUAUGUUGGGAAGGUGUUGUAUGUGGUAGGAAGCAUGAUGAAGGGUGUGUGUGGACAGGCCUGAGGGGGGAGAAUGUUUCUAAAGCUGUAGAUUACUGUGUCAUGUCCGUCUGAAAGCUCAGACCCGCUUUAAAUGUUCGACAAAUGUUACCUUAAGUGUUUUCUAUACAGUGUUUGCAAAGAUCAAGAAACAAUUGCAUAUAAAGUAUUUACCAAGAUCAAGC